AUGGGUAGUCGCCUCCGUGCCCUCCGCUCUCUGAGCAUAUUGGCAAGACUUCCCUUGCAAGAUAUCACUCCCCGCAGAGCUAUGACAUCCAAGACGAGCCAUGAAGAGCGAACAGCAGCAGAUCGCCGUGAGCCAGGCCUGCAUACGGUGGUCCUCGACAAGAUCGAACAGGUCAAUAUGAACAUUCGCUUGUUGAAACUGGGACCCCGCGGUGAAAAGCCUAAGUUCCUCCCAGGCCAAUGGCUUGACGUCCACGUCCCCCGUAUACCUCAAGCCGGAGGCUUCACUAUCACGUCUACGCCUGACGAUCUUAAGAAGGACGAACCGUAUCUAGAACUUGCUGUUCAGCAUUCACCGAACAAUCCGCCUGCUGCGUGGCUUUGGCAAAGAGAGAAAAAGAUACUGGGUACAGAAUUACAGAUCAGAGUUGGAGGGAGCUUCGUCUGGCCUCCACCAGGAAUCGAUACGAAUCAGGUCCACAAAGUGGUCUUGGUUGCAGGUGGCGUGGGCAUAAACCCUCUGCUAUCGAUCAUCACCCAUCUUAUUCUGCACUCGGACUACCACGGACAGAUCGAGCUCCUCUACACCUCGCGGAAAGGCCCCUCCGGCAACAUAUCAUCGAUCCUCUUCGUGAAGCGGAUCCACGAGUUGUUCCAAAGAGACCUUCCUCAAAAACGUCAUCACUACACUCUAUUCUGCACAGCCCCAUUCGCCCUACCUUCAACAUCUCAUAGCGGAGAAAAACGCUCAAAUGUCAUUCGGGAACGGAGCGGAGAUAUGCAUUACGUUGGUGAGCACCAAAGCAUCGAAUACCGCCGCUUUGAGCAGAAAGACUUGGAGACAGCACUGGGCCCUGUAGAAGAGAGAGGAAACACUGUAGCAUAUGUUUGCGGACCACCGAGAAUGACCGACUGGGCCGUUGAUGUGCUGAACAGGUCGAAAGGCAUGGAUCAGGCGAGAGUGCUGUGUGAGAAGUGGUGGUAA